UUUGUCGAAGGAGAUAGUUGUGUUUACAUGUCCUUGUAGAAAUAAGUCUCCUGACGACCCACUGCGAGCUUUUGUUUAUUUUUAAGUGGGUCUACUUGGUUUAAGAAGAACUUUUAGUCAACCAAUGAGAACAAACAGUAAGAGAAAGAUGAUAUUGUGGUUUUUGUGAAAACCGAGUUCAAACAAGAAGGAUCCAUCCAUCGCGCUCUAGCUACACCUUGGAACGGCAGUAUGAGGAUUAGAUAGACUUUAAACGAUGAACACAAGAGUUAGAGGUUGUAGGAGCUUCUACUGUCGAGACUGGGUCUUCGAGAAAGUGCUGACUUGUCUUCAACGAAGGAAAGAACAAGAAGAUCUAAAAACUAAAGGAGCAUUUAUUGUUGGUGGGCCAGGCUCGGGGAAAACUACUCUUUUAAAAGAACUGAUUUUUCCAAGCAUAAAAGAUGGUCCUCAACAUGAUUUAUCCAAGAAAGUCUUGGCUCAUCAUUUUUGCGAAGCACACAACUACAGCACUGUUUCUGUCUCUGAGUUUAUCAAAAGCUUAGCUGAACAACUAGCAAAAGCAGAACCGUUGAAUUCCUAUAGGGAAAAGUUCAACGAGUCUCAGAUUCAAGAUUAUCUAAAGCCCGAGCAAUGCGCUAAAAACCCAGAUGUUUCGUUCAAAGAGGGUAUUUUACUGCCAUUGAACUCUAUCACACCACCAGAAGAUGUCUUCGUUGUUGUUGUUGACUCGAUAGACGAAUCAUUCCUGCAUUCUUUUGAUUCCGGCGUAUUUUCCGGCAGUCGAACUAUCGCAGAACUAGUGGCCACACAUUAUGAUUUGCUCCCUCCGUGGCUCUUCCUUGUAAUAAGUGCAAGAAAACAGUCAAAAACUGUGACAAAGAUGUUCACAGGUUUUCGUAAACUGACUCUUGAUGACUUGCGUAAAGCGCAUGUUGUGAGAGACAUCCAAGGUUAUAUUUUGAAUCGUUUAGACGAUGACAAAGAACUACGUAAAUACCUCACUCGAGAAACUGCCGAAAUAUUUAAUCAACUGCAUAUUAAAAGUAAUGGAUGUUUUCUUUAUCUUGAGAAAGUGCUGGACGGAAUUGAAGAACAGUUGUUUUCUCUUGAUGAAGUACAAGAUAUUCCAGGUACUUUGAAUGGACUUUACCUAUGGCUCUGCAAUCGACUGUACAAAGAGGAACAAUUCAAUCAAAUGCGACUGAUUUUAAACGUUAUUCUAGCCUCACAGAAGCCUCUUGAAGCAAACGAGCUGUAUCAAGCUGUUUGGACCAGGAAUUCUUCCAUUUGUACUAAAGAAUUCCACAAUAUUUUGGAAUCUAUGAGUUACAUGGUUGUUAAUGUUGAGGACUCAAAGUGCAUAUUUCACCAUUCAUUUGCCGAGUGGUUAAUUGAUGUCAAACAUUGUACACCAAGGUACCUGUGUUCACCCUCUGAUGGUCAUGCCAUGCUUGCCCUGCGGUGUACACUGUUGGCAAGUAAUAAACAAUCAGUUGACCUGCACCAGUUUGCUGUUCAUUUGAGCCGUGCUUCCUUCAAAGAAGAGCUAUCUCAGGAGCACUUUGCACUCUGGCUUCUAUGGAGUGGUGCACCUCUCUCAGAGACUCUAGCUGCUACAGACCAACCAAAACAGAAAGCACUACAGAUCCUGUUAGAUGCUGGUGCUGAUGUUAGUAAUGUUGAUGAGUCAGGAGAGUUAGCCAUCAGUUAUGGUAAAGAAACAGAAGAAUCCAUUAAAGCCUUUCUUGAAAAAGGAUCCUCAGUUGAUCGGGUUGACAGUGUUGGAAGGACACAGUUAUGCAAUGCAGCCUUCAAUGGAAACACAGAUGUGGUUAAGAUUUUGCUGCAGCAUGGUGCAAACGUCAACUACUCUGAUCCAUCAGGGGAGUCACCGCUGAUACUAGCAGCCAAACAAGGUCAUGCAGAUGUUGUUUACUUACUAGUGAACUGUGGAGCAAAUGUCAAUCAAAGUUCAAGUGAUGGUUGCACAGCAUUAAGAGCUUCGGCAUCUGGUGGUCACUCUGAUGUGGUGUCAAUCUUAUUAAAACAUGGUGCUAACGUAGAUCAAGCUGAUAAUGACAAGAGGACUGCUUUACGUGGGGCGGCAUGGGGUGGCCAUGCUGAUGUAGUACAGCAGUUAAUUGAACAUGGUGCUGAUCCAAACCAUACUGACAAAGAUGGCAGAUCUGCAUUGAUUGCCGCUGCAUAUAUGGGCCACAAAUCUGUAGUUAGAUACCUUCUUGAACACAAAGCAGAUGUCAAUCUUGCCGAUAAAGAUGGUCGAACUGCAUUAGCAGUUGCAGUUUUAUGUAUCUCUGCCAACCCUGAGCAUACUGAAGUGGUAAAAAUAUUAAUAGAGUACAAAGCUGAUGUUGAUCGACCUGACUAUGAUGGCAUGACAGCCCUCUGUGUUGCAUGUCUAGAAGGGCAUUAUAAUGUUGUUAAGUUACUUCUAAAUGCCAAUGCCGACAUCAGCCACUGGGACAGGAAUGGCAGAACACCUCUCUUUGCAGCAGCAGCAAGUGGCCAUGUGGGAAUUGUUAAGAUACUAUUAGAGAAAAACAGCAAAGGUCAACCAUCGUCUGGUGACUGGAGAGCGCCAAAGGAUGCAAUGUUCAGAGCAGAUAAUGGAGGCUGGACACCACUUAUGGUAGCUUGCUUCCAAGGUCACAGCUCAGUUGUCAAAGCCCUGUUGGAAGCUGGCAUUCACAUGAACGACAGAGAUAAAGAAAACAAAACAUGCUUGAUAAUUGCAGCACAGGAAGGGCACAGUAAAGCAGUCUCAACCCUCUUGAUGUUUGGUGCACCUGUCAAUCAAGAAGCUAAAGAAGGACGCACAGCUCUCUAUUAUGCUGCAAUGGAAGGUCAUUUCGACAGUGUUGAUGUAUUACUAAAGAAUGGAGCUGAUAUCAAUGGAGUCGAUAGUCUUGGCAGGACGGCUCUGUUUUCUGUCACAAUUGAAGGAAGUGAAGAAAUAGUUGAACAUUUGUUAAGACAUGGAGCUACUGUUGACUGUGUGGAUAAUGAUGGAAGAACUCCAUUACAAGGUGCUGCAUGGCAGGGAAACUACAACCUUGUUGCUCUGCUUCUGAAAUAUAAUGCUGAUGUGAAUUUUGGAGACAAUUUUGGACGGACAGCUUUGAUGUCUGCAGCAUGGCAAGGCCAGAAUUCAGUGAUUCAACUGAUGAUUGACAAUGGUGCUGAUGUUGAUAAAGUGUCUUCAGAAGGAGCUACUGCUUUGAGUAUAGCAUGUCAAGAGGGACAUGACGAGGUGGCACAGAUCUUGUUAGAAAAUGGUGCAAACAUGAACCACACAGACACAUUUGGACGGACACCAAUGCAAGUUGCUUCAGAGGCCGGUCACACAAAGAUCAUGAAAGCCUUAGAAGCAUACAGUGUGGUACGAAUGAAUGACAAUAGUUUUACAAGUGCACUGAAGCGAAGGGUCUCUACACCAGCAGAAAUCCCUGAGACUACGUCUCUAGUUUGUGAGGUCAUCACAAGAAAAGAGAGUAUAUCUUCUUCUGGUAGCUCUACGCAGGGCUCAAGGCAUGACGUUAGUUCACAAGAUGAUGGAGAAGGUGCUUCUGGGUCACUCCCCACACCCAGACUAUCUCACGACCGUCGAUACUCUUCUAGUUUCUUAGAAGUACAUAAAAUUGCAGCUGCAAAGGAACCGUGGAGCUCUAAGUGCCCUCCAUAUACCUCACAAGAAACUGUACAUCGUGAACCCCCUCCUUAUACAGAACAAGUAUUGCACUCAUCCGUAACAGUAAAUGAUGAUAUUGCACCUGUGAAACCUAACUCACCAAAGACACGGCGCAAGCCAUUUUCUAUGCUUCAUAAAAUAAAGCGACCUUUUGCUUUAGGAGGAUCAGGAGAGAGGAAGAACAAAUCUAAAACUCCACAUGACAAGAGACGAUUAUUCUCUUCCAGGAAAUCUAGCAGCAGUGGAAAGAGCACAGAGGUGGUUUCAGAUCCUCCGUCUUCUUCAGGUCUAGAUCAUCUGGAUUACCGGCUAUCUGACAGUCAAAGUUCUGUGGAGACCACAGUAUAAUGUUUCAUAUUUUCUGAAUAAUCCCCUUCACAGUUCCCUGCUGCAUCUUGAAAAACCUGUUAAUGAUUAUUGAAGGUUUUAAAAGGUUUCUAUCAUUGCAAGGUCACAGACAUCCUUGCUUAGAUGAGGCACACUUCCCUGAUGGCACAUGGACCUGUGAAGGGUGCUAUUCAAUAUCCACUUUUAUAUUUCUAAAUCAUAUUGUUCUUAAGAACCAAAUGGCAGUCAUCCUGUCUAUAAUAAAAUAAUAUCUGGAAAAAGAAUUACAGAAAUUUUAUCUAUAAAACUAAGUAUAUGUUGAAUGGAGGAUAGCAGAGAAACAAACCCUCUGCAUGUUUGAAAAGGGUUGCAUUUUUUACUCUUCCAAAAAUUAUUAAGAAUCUUUGACAUUUAUAAUAGUUUUGAUGGUAUGAUUUGACCCAUGGAACAAAAUCAAAUAACUAAUUUUCAAUAACAUAUAUUGUAAAAAAUAUUUGAAUGUUUAUCAUGGGUUUACUGAAACAAUUACCAUCAGGCCAUGUUUGAACAGAAGUUAUUUUUAACUGAAUUAAUCAUUCUAUGAUUUUAUCAAACAAAAUAUUCCAUAUUCUUAAAAACAGUGAUUUCAAAGGGAAUCCAAGUACUAAAUUUAUGAAUGAGACCAGCUCAUAAUAUUGUAAAAAUAAAUUUACUGUGGUUUGUGAAUAUUUUGCGCACUCAGAUAUUCCAACAGCUUGUUGUGAAAUUGUUUUUUUUCUGCUGCCAGUCAAGACAUAAAAGGUACAGACUGAUAAUUUUUGAUUGACGGCAGCAAAAAAACAAAUUUCAGCUUGUAGGUGAUGGUUUUGCUUAGGAAGCUAGUAGCAAAACUUUAGUUAAAUACCAAGAGUGAAUUAAAAAUUAAAGUGGUUUGGUUCAUUA